CUAGUUGUGAUUAUACGCAAGUGUCGCGACUUUCAGUAAACUAGUCAAAACAUCAAUGUAGGCGGUCCUAGGCCAUAUACCAUCAAGAUGACCAAGAAAGAGUCUGCAGUGGAUGUAUUGAUUAUAGGGGCGGGCCCGGCAGGCCUAAUAGCCGCCUUGUGGAUGGCAAAAUGUGGCAUCACUACUCGCCUUGUCGAGCAACGGCCGUAUAAGCUUCGGGUUGGUGGUGCAGACGGGAUUCAUCCGCGCUCAAUGGAGAUGUUCGAGAGUUUUGACCUCGAUCAGGAGAUCACGCAGCUAUGGGAACCCAUCACGGGGUGGGCGCUUUGGUGUCGAAGCACUGAGGGAAGUUUUGCCAGAUCCGGCCGGAUGGAUAAUCCCACACCAGUGCGCUGCAGAUGGGGUCCGGGGCUUCUACAACAGGGCAUAGUUGAACGGAUGAUCAAACAGCGUAUCUUAGAGCAACCUUUUGUUCGCAUCGAGUAUGAAACUGCGCCUAUCUCCUUUGUUAUCAAGGAAGAUGCGCUAGGUGAUCCGGACAGCCAUCCCUGUGUGCUUACUUUACGCCAUGAUGACAGUUCCGGGGUAUCAGAGGAAUUUGUCCAUGCGAAAUAUGUCAUCGGGGCCGACGGAGCACGCUCGUGGAUCAGGAAGCAAUUGGGAUUCAAAAUGGAGGGGACCCGGACUCAAUCCGUCUGGGCAGUAACGGAUCUUCUAGUUGUUUCCGACUUUCCGGACAUCCGGUUAUGCACUACAAUCAAUAGCUACGGCGAAGGAGGACUCUUCUUCCUCCGGCGAGAGCGCGGCCUGACCCGAUUCUAUGUUCAGCUGAAUCGUGCCGAUCAGGAGGAGUUCCCUGCUACUUUAAUUACGCAAGAACUCAUCAUUGAAAGACUACAGAGACUAUUAAGGCCUUAUACAUUGACUGUCAAGGGUUGUGAAUGGUGGUCAAGCUAUACAGUAGCCCACUAUCUCAGUGAUGGGAUGACCAAGUACGAUCGCGUCUUCCUUGUCGGCGAUGCUGUGCACAACCACUCACCCUUGGUUGGUCUCGGCAUGAACAUCAGCAUGCAAGACUCAUACAACCUUGGAUGGAAACUUGCUGGAGUGCUUAAAAAAGAAUUGAACCCCAGUAUCUUAUCAACCUACGAGACAGAGCGGCACCCCGUUGCAGCAGAGCUGAUUGAGACGGAUCGCUUUCAUUUACAGCUCUUUGAUACGGUCACCGCGACAGGCUCGGAACCGGCCUGGAUGCAGGAGCGUGAGGAGGCUAUGCAGCCUUCCAUGCAAGGGUUCGCUGUCCACUACCAAGACCCGCUCCUUACCGCUGCUACGGAUAAAAAACGGAGCCCUGACGCCAUGAUAGUCCCGGGCAAGCGGUUCCCACAGCUGAACGUGGCGAAUCAUGCCACGGGGAAAAUCUAUUCGAUACAGUCACUUCUCAAAAGCGAAGGAAGGUUUCACGUCGUUAUUUUUGCAGGAGACCUCUCCCAACCACAGGAGCUGAAUAGGUUCAAUACCUUUGGCACUUUGCUAAAGCAAAUCGAGGAACAGAUAGUAGGAGGAUUCAAUGUGAUUGCCGUACACCAGGCCUGCAAGACAGCGAUCGAGCUUGCCAGCUUGGCGGACAUUUUCUUCCCUGUUGGUGAGACAACGGGAUGGGACUACAACAGGGUCUAUUGCGACAUGGAGACAAGCUAUGAGGAGGCUGGGAUCAGCGAACGUGGAGUGGUGGUGCUGGUUCGCCCAGACCAGUAUGUGGGAUGGAGUGGAGAGCUGGAGGAUACUCAGGAACUGACACGCUAUUUACGGCCGAUUUUUGCGACGGAAACGCACGGAUAGCCCUCUCAAAUUUGCGUCGAGCUGGGCAAGAAAAUACUGGAGUUUU